AUGUCUCCGUCGUGCGUGAUCAAUGACACCUCCGUCACAGCCGCUGCACAUCAUCACCAUCUCCCUCCCCGCCAUCAUUCACCUCUUCAUGCAUCCGUCCCGGGCAGCGGAGACUUCUCAGACUCCCGUAUUAACGUCCCGCAAAUAGCGCUACCAGCUGCCGCUCUCUGCUCGCCGUCUCUCCACCCCGUAACUACGGAGCCGCGUCAUCUGUCAACGAAAGAACCGCCGCGGCAGCCGCUGUCCACCGUGCCGGCGGCGGCGCAUCGAUCCGACGGCGCGACCAGCAGCGGCGGGGGUGUUUGGCGGUCGAAAAGUCACGGCGGGUGCUUCCGCAACCAGCAUGUCGCUCCGUGCGACGACGACGACGACGACGAUUGCGACGGCGACGGCGACAAGAAGGAGAAGCAGGGAGAGGAGGACGGGGGAGAUGAUGAUUGGCUUGUAACCUACUCCCGCACUUCGACCUCGUACUCUCGACCUGCGCCAGUCGCGCCAGCCACCGACGCUGUUCGUACUACCAGCCUCAAGUUUUCAUACCCUGUGAGGAAUCCCCUCGCUUUCGGUGCCGCGGUGGCAGCAGGAGUGGCUGCAGCGUCGGCGCCCGCAUCGGCGGCAACUACUACUGCAGCGGGCAAUGCGGCGGAGGAGGAGGAGGAAGAGGAUUUCAACGCGUGGAUGCUCAGCGGCGAGGAAGCCACCGGAUCAGCCGGUACAGGUCGUAACGUCACCGCCGGAAAGGGAGGCGGCGCGGCGGGUGUCGGCCAGAGCCAAGCUUGCGGACGUCGCGGCGGCACCGACGGCGGGCCUGACGGCGACGAGUCGGAAUGGAGCGCGGCGCUGAUGGAUCCUGGCCGGAGCGAUCGGCGCAGCAGCACUGGCGGCAGGAGGCGGUCGUCGCGGCUGUCGGCUGGAAGCUCGAGGCGGCGCAACGCUAUGGAAUACUCGGAGCUAGAUGCCAUUCGCGAAAGGUUGCUCCAUGCCACUCAGCUAUGGGCCAUCACCGUCGCUGACAGCUCAACGGACGCCGUUGAUGCAGAUGCUGCUGCUGCUGCUGCUGCUGCUGCUGCCUCCGCCGCUGCUGCUGCUACUACUGCUGUUGCGGUCACUCCGAGUGGAGGUGGAGCAGCAGUUGAGACACAGCAACUGGCACAAGCCACAGCAGCUUCACCUGCUGCUGGCCCUGGAUAUUGCUCCUCGGUAGCUACUGCAGCAACGGCAGUGGUGGCAGGGAGGUUGAGCAACGCAGGAGCUGGCAACAGCGCUGGGAAACCCCGAAUUUCUGACAAUCCUAACGGCUGCAGCAGCGACGCCCGCCGCCGCAGCGGUGUGUUCGCCAAGACUAAGAGUGCUGCUUCGGGUUCUCCUGUUACUGUCACGUCUCGCAGGUCCAUGUCUCGUUCUUUGAGUGCAGCCGGCUUUGCUGCGGUGGCUGGGUUAGAGGCAUCUGCUGCUGCAGCGAUGGUCAUUGCAGGUGGAGCCACGCCAGGCAAAGCAGACGGCGCGAAGACGACCUUGAAGGUUUCUUUGCCUGGUGCUAGCUCCUCAGCAGCAACGGCAGCGGCCAGAGGUCCGGAUUCUUGUUGUUCGAACGGAGUUUCUGCUUCCCCAACUGGCCCAACUUUCACGUUUGGGCCUACUGGUGCAGAUGACGUGUCUCCCACGUCUGCUGCUGCUUCCUCGGGCACGUCUGCUUCUGCUCAUGGGCUCACAUGCUCCGAAACUUCACCGCCGCACGUUGCUGAGUCACCAUUCUCCCGCAUUUCCACAUUUCUCAUGCGGCGACUCGUGUCCCCGUUCCCAAUCGUAAGGUCGUCCACGUAUCCCGUGCUCAGAUAA